AUGGCUUAUCUGGGAAAUCUGCCUAUUUUUGACCAUAAGUCAAGUGAAUGGUCAAUUUUCAAAAGCAGACUAACUCAGUUUUCGAACAUAAAUCGCGUCGAAGAAGUGAACAAAAGUGGAAUUCUUCUCACCCAUCUUACGGAUGAAACGUAUCGCUUGGUACGAAACUUAGCGUACCCGCAAGACUUAGAAUCUCUAAGUUACUCGAAUCUCGUUAAAUUACUCGACGGUCAUUUCAAGCCAAAAAAAUGCUCAUUUGUGGAUAAAGAAAAAUUUUUUGGAGCAACCAGAAAUCCAGGCGAAUCAUUGGGAGACUGGGCAGCGCGAUUGAGAGGUCUCGCAAGCAAUUGUGACUUUGGCACUGCCUUGGAAACGAAUUUAAGAGAUCGUUUCGUCCUCGGCCUGGGCCCUGGCCCGGAACAAGAUAAGUUAUUCGAACAAGAUCCGUCCACAUUGACACUGUCAGUAGCUAUGGAGCUAGCCGAGCAGGCGGCGUAUGCCAGGCGGGCGAAGGUUAUGUUGUGCACCAGCGAACAUGCUCCAAUUAAGGAGGAACCGGUAUACCGAGCGAAAUUUCAAGGUCAAGGAGACAGCGGCGCGGUUAUACGGCGUCCUAAUGCUGGCAGGACAUCAGGAGGUCCGCGACCAACCGAGAGAUUUUUCUCGUUGUUCGGUCUGUGGCUUGAAGAACCACCAAAGUGA